AAACUUUCAAAGUCCAAAACCUAAUAGCUCUGUCUCUCUCUCUCUCUCAGUCAUCUCUUUCUUUUUGGUCUUCGUUUCUCUUUGUCUGAAAAACCUAGCAAAGCCCUUUUGAGUUUUGAGUUUUGUCCUAUAUUUUUUUGACCAUGAAGAAACUGUAUCGCAGAGGCACAGUUCAUCCGUCACCACCAAUCACAUCCGACCAUCUGUCCUUCCUUCCCGCCACCAUACUAACCUUAACGGUGGCUCUUUCGCCUGAAGACCGUGAAGUCCUCGCUUAUCUUCUCUCUUCCUCUUGCUCCAACUACUCCUCCGUCACCGUUAACUUUAACGGCUCCCCUCAACAGCAACAGCAACAGCGUAACAGGGUUGUCGCUAAACGUGGCAGUUUGAACUCCGAUCACCCGCCGCAGUUCAACUGUAACUGUUUCCGUUGCUACACGAGUUACUGGGUCAGAUGGGACGAGUCGCCGAAUCGCCAAGUGAUUCACGAAAUCAUCGACGCGUUCGAGGCCGAGUUGGCUCAGAGCAAGAGCGGCAAAGGGAAUAGGAAGGAGAGGAGGAAUGGUAAGAGAGGGUGUAAUAGUGGGUCGAGCGAGUUGAAGCGUUUGGAAUCGAGUUCGGGUAAGAACGAGUUGAGCGAGUCGGACUCGGUGGGUGCUCAUCAUGAGGGUGGUGGUAAUAAUAAUGGUGGUGAAGGUUUUGUUGGGGGUGGUGGAGUUGAUGGAGAGGAAGGGUUGGAUAAAGGGUCUGUGAGAAAGCUUGUGAGUUUUAUUGGGGAGAGGAUUUGGGGUGUUUGGAAUCAAUGAAUCUGAGAGAGAAAAUGAAGGAAAGUGAAGGAAAAGAGAAUUAAGAGGUGGGUUUAGUUCUUUUUUUUCAUUUCCUCUAUAAAUUCUCUCCUUUUUUUUUUUCUUUUUUUUUUUUGGGGCCUUUUUGUAUAUUACCCUUACAAUGUAAAAAUGGGGUGGUGUAAUUUUGAAUCAACAAGAGUUGGUUUAUUAUUAUUAUUUUUCUCCUUUGAAUUAUAACAAUAUAAGACACCAAUAUUGGUGUUCCUGUUA